AUGAACGACUACUUCCUCAACGAGCCAACAGCCGCCACCGGCGACAACCACAACGCGAUGGAAGCUUUCAUCGGAACAAACCACCACUCAUCUCUCUGGCCACAACCACCUCCUCCUCCUCCUCCUCUCCCUUCUUUCUCCCAAUUCAACGAAGACACUCUCCAGCAACGUCUCCAAGCCCUAAUCGAAUCUGCCGGAGAAGGCUGGACUUACGCGAUCUUCUGGCAGAUCUCACACGACUUCGAAUCUCCCGCCGGAGACAACACGGUGGUCCUCGGAUGGGGAGACGGAUACUACAAAGGAGAAGAAGAUAAACAGAAGAAGAAGAAAAGCUCUAAUUCGAAUCCGGAGGAGCAGGAGCAUCGGAAGAGGGUAAUCCGUGAGCUUAACUCGCUAAUCUCCGGCGGCGGAGGAGGAGGAGGAGAUGAAGGUAACGACGAGGAGGUUACGGAUACGGAGUGGUUCUUUCUUGUCUCGAUGACUCAGAGCUUCGCCAACGGUGUUGGUCUUCCCGGGGAGUCUUUUUUAAACUCUCGCGUGAUUUGGUUAUCCGGGUCGGGUGCUUUGACCGGGUCGGGUUGUGAGCGUGCGAGUCAGGGUCAGAUUUACGGGUUACAGACGAUGGUGUGUAUCGCAGCGGAAAACGGCGUCGUUGAGCUUGGUUCUUCGGAAGUGAUAAGUCAGAGCUCAGAUCUGAUGGAUAAAGUUAAUAGUCUGUUUAAUUCGAAUAACGGUAACGGUGGAGAAGCUUCUUCUUGGGGGUUUGGUGGUCUGAAUCCGGACCAAGGAGAGAACGAUCCGGCUUUGUGGAUCACUGAACCGGUUAUCGAACCGGUUCAGUCCGGUUCUCAUAAGCUUGAGAAGAACGAGAGCUCGGUUGAGAACCCUAGAAAAAACACGUUUCUUGUUGAGCAAGAAUUGAAUUUUCAAGCUGCUGGUUCGUCUAAGAUGAUGAAGCCGAAUGAGACGGUUAGUUUCGCGGCGGAGGAGAGCAAUAGAAGGAGGUCUCCGGCGUCGAAAGGGAGUAACAAUGAAGAAGGAAUGGUUUCUUUCAGCACAGUGGUUCGAUCCACGGCGAAAUCGGUAGAGUCUGAUCAUUCUGAUCUUGAAGCGUCGGUGGUUAAGGAAGCAAUUGUGGUUGAACCGGAGAAGAAACCGAGGAAACGUGGGAGAAAACCGGCUAACGGGAGAGAAGAGCCGUUGAACCAUGUUGAAGCAGAGAGGCAGAGAAGGGAGAAGCUAAACCAGAGAUUCUACUCUCUGAGAGCUGUGGUUCCCAACGUGUCGAAAAUGGACAAAGCUUCUCUUCUUGGAGACGCCAUUUCGUAUAUCAACGAGCUGAAGUCGAAGCUGCAACAAGCGGAGAAUGACAAAGAAGAGAUUCAGAGGCAGCUUGAUGGGAUGAGCAAGGAAGGAGGAGGCGGGUCGAGGAGGGGGAAAGAACGAAAAUCGAGUCAAGAUUCCGCGAGUUCUGUUGAAGUGGAGAUUGAUGUGAAGAUCAUAGGUUGGGAUGUGAUGAUACGUGUGCAAUGCAGCAAGAAGAAUCAUCCUGGCUCAAGAUUCAUGGACGCACUUAAGGAACUGGAUUUGGAAGUGAACCACGCUAGUUUAUCUGUGGUGAAUGAUUUGAUGAUUCAACAAGCUACUGUGAAGAUGGGGAGCCAGUUCUUCAAUCAUGAUCAGCUCAAGGCUGCUUUAUUGUUGAAAGUUGGAGGAGACAAUUGAACAAAGUUGAACAUCUUUAAGAGAUGAAAAAGGGAUCGAACUUAGAGGGUUAUGAAUGUAUGAUCUUAUGGCAAGGAGAUCUCUUUGUAAAUUAGUAACUAGUCAUUUUGCAUCACCACCAGCUUCAUGUUGUUGUUCAUUAGGAGAAGCAUGUUUAGUUAUUAGUUUUAGUAUUUUUCAUAAGUUUAAGUGACAUGGAAGUUGGAGACCAGCAGAGGGUAGUAAAAUAAUAAAUCUUGGUUGUACUUGUAUGUAUAUUAUAUGCAUGGAGUAUUAAUUGAAACUCUAUCGAAGUUUAUAGGUUAUAUCGUUCGUUAUAAAUGAAUUUUG